GCCAGCCCUCCAGAUCUCUAUAUUGAAAGAUUUAACGUAGCUCUUGGACAGUAUAUGGGAGCAUUGCAGAGCAUUGUGCCUCUUUUCAUAUAUAUGAAUAAAUUUUACAUAGAAACCAAGCUUAACAGAGACUUAAAAGAUGACCUUAUAAAGCUGUUUACGGAACAUGUUGCAGAAAAGCACAUUUACAACCUAAUGCCUUUACUUUUGGAAGCUCAGUCAACACCGUUUCAAAUAACUCCUUCAACCAUGGCAAAUAUUGUGAAAGGCCUGUAUACACUACGACCAGAGUGGGUACAGAUGGCACCAGCUUUAUUUUCUAAAUUCAUCCCAAAUAUUCUACCCCCUGCUGUGGAAUCUGAGCUUCAGGAAUAUGCUGCUCAAGACCAGAAACUUCAAAGAGAGCUUAUGCAGAAUGGAUUUACUAGAGGUGACCAGUCACGCAAGAGAGCUGGAGAAGAGUUAACUUACAAUGGCUCAUCAGCUUGUGCAAGCUCCAGGGGGUACAGAUAGUGAAUAUACUGGAUCAGCUUCUAUUCCUAGCCAGAACAGACACUGGAGGAGCGCAGGUGGUAUCCGGAGCCUCAUUUGGCAACUGCUGAUACUUGAGCUCUGACACGAACUAUGCCUCAAAGGAGAGUUUUGGACUUUCUUCUUUAUAUAAUAAAAUGUCAGUUGCUGCUACAAUCGGGAUGACUUGGAAAGACAUGAUUCCUUGGUCUAGCCUCUCAACAAGUUCAUGUUCUGCAAUUCUUGUGAGGAAUGCACCUUGAAAAACAAUCCUUUCAAAGUGGAAAUGGGCAGCCGAAAUCAGCAGCUUCCAAAAGUGUUAGAAUGGAAGAAUCUUUUUUGCACUCUUUUCUUAAUAUUAAGGACAUUCUUAAAACUAGUUAACACAUCAGUGUAUUAGUUUUUAAACUUCAAGGUAUUUUCUGGAGCUUUUACUUAAAUAAUAAGAAUAAAAUUUCAUUAUUUUGCA